UAUGGUUUGUGGUUUCUCUCUUCUCUUCUUUCCUUCCUUCUUCCUCACACCACGCGGCGAGGGGAGAGCUCCCAACCCCCGACAGAGAAGAAAUCCGGCGAGGCCGCCCCGGGUUCCUCUCGCUCGCUCGCCGCUUCUCCGGCGGUAUCCCUCCAAUGCGCCCCAAGACCUGCUGCAGGUAGCCGCCGGACGGACAUGGCCGACCCGCCGCCCCUUCUUCCGCCUUUCCUCCUCUUCCUCGCGGCGCUCGUCCUCUGCGGGACAGCGGGGACGGCGAGCGCGGCCACCAUCAACCCUUCCGACCUCUCCAUCCUCCACGACCUGCGCCGCUCCCUGACGAACGCCGCCGACGCGCUCCCGACAUGGACGGCGACCGGCACCGACCCGUGCGUGGGGUGGGCUCACGUCUCCUGCGACCGCGACGGCCGCGUCAACAACCUCGACCUCAAAAACCUCGGCCUCACGGGCACCCUCCCGGCCACCUUCUCCGGCCUCGCGGGUCUCCAGGGGCUCAGCCUCCAGAGCAACGCCCUGUCGGGCCCGCUGCCGUCCUUCCGAGGGAUGGCCGCGCUCCAGAAGGCGUACCUCAACGGGAACGCGUUCGCCUCCGUCCCAAACGACUUCUUCCGCGGGCUGGCGGACCUCGUCGAGAUCUCUCUCGACGACAACCCGCUCAACGCGUCGCAGGGCGGGUGGGCGCUCCCGGCUGACCUCGGCGACACCUCGCAGCAGCUGCGGAGUCUGCGGCUCAUCAAUUGCAGCCUCGUUGGUUCGGUUCCGGGGUUUCUGGGGAACAUGAGUGGGCUCCAGGAGCUCCGGCUGUCGUACAACAAACUCUCCGGGCCGAUCCCGGCCAGCUUCGGCGCCGGGUCUGGCAUACAGACGCUGUGGCUGAACAACCAGGUUGGGGUGAAGAAGCUCUCUGGCACGCUUGAAGUGGUGGCUGCCAUGGGGAGCCUGCAGGAGGCGUGGCUGCACGGGAACGAGUUCUCCGGCCCGAUCCCCGACGGCAUUGGCAACUGCAAGCAGCUGAAAACAUUCUGGGCGAACAACAACAUGCUUGUCGGCCUCGUGCCGGCGAGCCUGGCCACACUGCCCCUGCUGAAGGAUGUCAGGCUUGAUAACAACAAUCUCCUCGGCCCGGCUCCCGUGCUCAAGGCCGGCAACUUCACUUUCUCCGGGAACGAGUUUUGUGCGGAGAAGCCUGGCGGUGUGUGCUCGUCGGAGGUGAUGGCAUUGCUUCAGUUUCUCGCGCAGGUUGGUUACCCCCAGAAGCUGGUUGGUUCUUGGUCCGGGAAUGAUCCCUGCAAGGACUGGCUGGGCGUCACUUGCUCUGAUGGGAAGGUGUCGGUGAUCAAUCUGCCUGGAUAUGGACUGAAUGGCACGAUCAGUGACAGUCUUGGGAAUCUCACCACGGUCUCGGAUAUCAGACUUGACAGCAACAAUCUCACUGGGCAUGUGCCGGAUAGCCUGACGAACCUCAAGUCCCUCAAGAAACUCGAUUUGUCGAUGAAUGACUUGUCUGGGCCGCUGCCUGCGUUCAGACGGGAUGUGAAUGUGGUUGUGACCGGCAAUCUCAACUUCAAUGGGACGGCACCAGGUGCUCCUCCCAAGGAUUCUCCUCGUCCGGCAACGCCCAGCGUGCCAGGACCACAAGACCAUACUGUCAGUCCUGGAAAUGGGACGAAGAGCUCGGCUACGAUGUUGGCUAUUCCGAUUGCUGUCAGCGUGGUGGUUCUGGUGUCACUGGGUGCAGUGGUAUUCUACUGCAAGAAAAGGGGUUCGAUUCGGCAGCCACAGGCAGCAGCCUCCGUAGUCGUCCACCCCCGUGACAAUUCUGACCCAGACAACUUGGUCAAGAUUGUCAUGGCAAACAAUGACAGCUUCAGCGCUGCGUCAAGCGGGAACAGCAGUCAGGCUGGUGACAUUCACAUGAUCGAGGCACGGAAUUUUGUGAUUGCCGUGCAGGUUCUUCGUGGUGCCACCAAGAACUUUUCCCAGGACAACGUGCUUGGCCGCGGUGGAUUUGGUGUUGUUUACAAAGGGGAGCUUCAUGAUGGCACGAUGAUUGCUGUGAAGAGGAUGGAGUCCGCGGUGAUCAGCAACAAGGCCUUGGAUGAGUUCCAAGCAGAGAUCGCCAUUCUAACCAAGGUCCGGCACCGCAACCUGGUGUCGAUACUGGGGUAUUCAAUUGAAGGGAAUGAAAGGCUGCUGGUCUAUGAGCACAUGUCUAAUGGUGCUCUGAGCAAGCAUCUGUUCCAGUGGAAACAGCUCGAGCUGGAGCCACUCUCGUGGAAGAAGAGGCUCAAUAUUGCCCUGGAUGUUGCUCGUGGAAUGGAGUAUCUUCACACCCUGGCACAGCAGUGCUACAUCCACAGAGAUCUCAAGUCAGCAAAUAUUCUACUUGGUGAUGAUUUCCGAGCAAAGGUGUCCGACUUUGGGCUCCUUAAACCUGCACCGGACGGGAACUUCUCUGUGGCAACCAGACUUGCUGGGACUUUCGGAUACUUGGCGCCCGAAUAUGCUGUGACUGGAAAAAUCACGACAAAAGCAGAUGUUUUCAGCUUUGGGGUAGUGCUGAUGGAGCUGAUAACCGGAAUGACAGCAAUUGAUGAGAGACGUAUCGAUGAGGAAACCCGAUACCUAGCCUCCUGGUUCUGUCAGAUAAGGAAGGAUGAAGAGAAAUUCAGGGCAGCCAUUGAUCCUAGUCUGGUUCUCACUGAUGAGAUUUUUGAGAGCAUCUCCGUAAUCGCAGAGCUGGCUGGCCACUGCACAUCCCGGGAACCCUCCCAGCGGCCAGACAUGGGUCACGCCGUGACCGUGCUCGUCCCGAUGGUGGAGAAGUGGAAACCGUCAAACAAUGAGGCUGAGGACUACAUGGGCAUCGACCUGCACCUGCCGCUGCUCCAAAUGGUGAAGGGUUGGCAGGAUGCAGAGGCCAGCAUGACUGACGGAAGCAUCCUGAGCCUUGAAGACAGCAAGGGCAGCAUCCCAGCUCGGCCCGCCGGGUUUGCAGAAUCAUUCACCUCUGCCGACGGCCGGUGAAGCAUCAUAUCUACAAAAAUAAGUACAUGCCUCUCCUUGGACCUCCCCCCCUGUUAUCGCACAGUGUUCUUGUAGGUAAAAGAGAUCGUCGUCCAUGUGCUUCUGCUUCUGCUUCUGUAGAUAGAUAUCUUGUUUUUGCUGUUGGGUAGGAUUGCUUUUGCAUUAUUCCAACCUUGAGACUGAAGCUUCUGGCUUUUACCUAGUCAUCAAGUCAUAUGAUGCUUCUUUAAUCCAUGUACCUAGAAUAUAUUUUUGCAAUGGAAUCUGAUGCCUGAUGCUGCAAGGGGACAGCAUGAGCGAUCCAUAUCA